CGAUGACCAUGACCGAUCUCAGUCAGACUCCGAAUCGGAAGCGUCCUUGGAAGCAAGCCCUUCACAUCACCUGCAAAAUCCACUCGUGCCACCCGAUUCCAGUCCGCCUGAGAUAGCUGUUCGCACCAAACCGGCUAAAGAUAAAAGCCGGGAUAAUCCUCAAGAGUCGCAUUCUUCGUCUAACAACGGCCCUGAAUCUGGCUCUCAAGCCGCUUUAGCUGCUGAUGAACGAGAAGAACUAAGGGAAGGAGAAGAACGAGAAGAACGAGAAGGAGGACGAGAAGAAUCAAAUGACGAAAGUGAUGAGUCAGAUAUGGAUAUCUCAAUGCCCCAUCCGCUCCAGUCAGGUACCCAGCAGAGUGAAACUUCUGCUGCGGUCAGUUCCGGUCAAAGUCUCCCGAGUCAGAAGCUUGUACACGAAAUUCAAGUAGUGGAAACGCCAGCUUCAGCCUUUGAACGUCUCCGGGCUAAGAGGAUCGAUGGCAAUACGGUUUAUCCAAAGCCCGGACACCAGCACUCGUCCCAGAGUACGAAGUUUUCGUCAGAGUCGAGGAUUAUGGCCACAUAUGGCAGCAGUGCUCCUGAGACAAGUUACUGUCCUCCCCCGGAAGCUUCCUCGGCUCAUCCUGAACGCGCCAUUUCCCACGAUCCCGCUGAAAUCAGCUCUGCCGAACCCAGAGACUCCAUGCUGAAUUCACAGAUGUCCGUCGAUUCCAACUCACAGUCCCAGCGACCUGAGCUUGAGGAGUCCCAGCAUGAACGGUCGAUUGUUCGGCGAAGGACAGGGAGCCCUGAAGAGAGACCACUGGGCGGUUCGUCUGGACAGCAUCCUCCUCAAGGAGCCAGCAACUCUGGGGAACAGUUAGACCACUCAUCUCCGCGCCUACCUUCUCCAGACCAGGAACAUGCGGAGAAAGAAUCAGCAGAAAACAUAUCUCCGCGUCAUCAUCCUGUUAUGGACCGGCCUGAGAACGAUGUCGACCUAUCUUCCUUGAACCAGUCAAGAGAUGAAAUACGUACCGACGAGAUCUCCUGUUCAGAGCCUCCCGCAGAGCCACCUGCAGAUUUCGCCUCUGAUAUACAGAAAGACGCCACUCCUAGAGCCAGUCCCGUUGUGCGAGCUGAUCAGCAAAAUUUGUCCGUGGGGAGUAAUCUCGUCAAAGCCCAAAGAGCAUACGAAAAAUUCUGCCGUGACUACCCAGUAUACCCUGGGGAUUUCAGGCACUUUACUAGGAUGUGUGUCAAGCUGGAGGCUGUGAGAGCCGGGGGACAGUUGCGACGAUCGUUCCUUUGGGACGACUUUAUCAUCCGACAUUUGGAAGACUACCCGCGUUAUCUCGAGGCCUGUAUUUCUGCCGUCGAAGAGCCCUGCAGAUACGAAGAUUACUUCGUUGGCACUUUCAUGCGACCUUUGUACAAGAAGAGGAGUCUAACAGCGGCUGCAGUGGAGGCUUCCGCAGCAAAUUGCGCUCCUAGUAGAGCCUCAAUUAGCGGCUAUUCCACUACGCAGAGUGUGGCGAAUCAUUCUUUUACAGGUAGCCUCGUCAACCAGCUCUCCCGGCUCCGGACAUCCUCGUUUCAAGAAACGGCCGACUACGGCACCCCUUGAGCUGUCCCUAUAUCCGGUCAACCUGGGACUCGGCCGGUUGUUGCAUCCGAACCAAACAAAAUUACAAAGGUUACGGGCGCUACGAGUAGAUUAUCCCCCGAGAAGAGAGGGAGUCCGAUCCCGCGCGAGUUCACGGAGACUCGCGAUGAAGCAGCUACGCAAGAGUACCACGAAAGAACGAGUGCUGGGCUCUGAGAUAGAGGGUUUGCCAGUAUAUGAAAGAAGGCAGGCUCAUACUCGUUCACCAAGCCUGCAGCAUAUAGGCCAUGGCGGUUGCUAUACAUUCUCUUGCAUUGUUCUUUGUAUCGACAGACACAUAUAUUAACUCUAACGGGACACCCUUAUGAAACAUGCCCGUGAUCAUGAUCUUGCCUCUUUUCCUUUUUUUUUUUUUUUAGCAUGAUACCACCAUAGUUAAAUUGAUUUAUCAAUACAUGAG